UCUACAGUGGACUUGUCCCAUUCCACAUGGCUCUUUCUAUUAUUGUGCUGGUCUGCACAUUUAUUGUGAGUGCAUUCACAAGCACGAUUGCUAUCCAAAUGAACGGAACUGAAAUGUUGAGCUUAGUGUGUGGCUCUACCACUAUCUCUAUCAAAGCUGCCCAGCAAGUUGUACAGUCACAGGAGUGGCUCUUCCCGCUCAUUGUCAUCAUCAUCAUGAUUCAAGUGAUUUGCCUCCAUCAACUCGUAUAUGCACCUACCAUCAAGCCCGAAGUGGAAAAGAAACAAAAAACUGUGAGAAAGGGCGGAAACGGUUCAGUCGAACAUGCUACUUUUAUCAUUGGCUCUGACACAUAUGUUCUCUUGAAAUCUCAAAUUCCAGGCAAUGAUUCAGAUGGCGAUGACUCGGAUAGUUCUAAUAUGAAUUAUGAUGAUGGGUUCAUUGGAACCUCAUCCAUUUAAAAUGUAUUUUUGUGGUUGUAGUUGGAUUCAAGUUGCAGAAUAAAAUCAAAUUCAACU